CAGCGGAUUUUGUUGUAACUGGAAGUGUUGAUGGACAUUUGAAGUUUUGGAAGAAAAAGGCUAUUGGCAUUGAAUUUGCAAAGCAUUUUAGGUCCCACCUUGGUCCAAUUGAGGCUUAGCUCUAUGCAGGUUAGUGUUGAUGGUUUGCUUUGCUGUACAAUUUCAAAUGACAAAUCUGUGAAGAUAUAUGACGUAGUCAACUAUGAUAUGAUGGUCAUGAUUCGCACAGAGUUUGUUCCUGGUGCUGUUGAGUGGGUCUACAAACAAGGGGAUGUCAAAGCCAGGCUUGCCAUCAGUGACAGGGACUCAUCAUAUGUACACAUUUUCGAUGCACGAUCUGGUACAAAUGAACCUAUUAUCUUCAGAGAGGUACAUUUGGGCCCAGUGAAAGUUAUGAGGUAUAAUCCUGUAUUUGAUACAGUGAUUUCAGCUGAUCAACAGGGAAUGGUUGAGUAUUGGAGUCCUGACACCCUUAAGUUUCCAGAGACUGGGGUGAAAUUCAGAAUGAAAAGUGAUACUAAUCUGUUUGAAAUCCCGAAAUGCAAAACUACCGUUUCUUCUAUCGAGGUUAGCCCAGAUGGUAAGCAAUUUUCGAUUACUUCGCCCGAUCGCAGGAUACGUGUAUUUUGGUUUAGCACAGGCAAACUACGACGAGUUUAUGAUGAAUCUCUUGAGGUGGCCCAAGAUCUCCAGAGAAGUGAUGUGCCUUUGUACCAGCUGGAAGCCAUCGACUUUGGGCGAAGAAUGGCUGUUGAGAGGGAAAUUGAGAAAACAGAAUCUGCCCCACAGCCGAAUGCAGUUUUUGAUGAAAGCUCAAAUUUUCUCAUCUAUGCAACUCUCCUUGGAAUAAAAGUGGUAAAUUUACACACUAAUAAAGUUUCUCGAAUUCUCGGAAAAGUGGAGAAUAAUGAUAGGUUUUUGAGAAUUGCCUUAUACCAAGGUGACAAAAGCAGUAAAAAAGUUAGAAAAAUCCCUGCUGCUGCAGCAAAUGUUAAUGAAAGCAAAGAGCCUUUGACAGAUCCUACUCUCAUAUGUUGUGCUUUCAAAAAACACAGAAUCUAUCUAUUCAGUCAGAGAGAACCAGAGGAGCCUGAAGAUGCAACUAAGGGAAGAGAUAUAUUCAAUGAAAAGCCUCCUGCUGAUGAACUCUUGGCUGCAUCAGAGAUUGGUAAAUCAUCCUCAACAUCUCUUCCUGACAAUGUGAUUUUGCGUACUACAAUGGGUGACAUACACAUGAAACUGUAUCCAGAGGAAUGUCCAAAAACUGUGGAGAACUUCACAACACACUGCCGAAAUGGCUAUUAUGAUAACCUCAUAUUUCAUCGAGUCAUCAAAGGUUUCAUGAUACAAACGGGAGAUCCUUUAGGAGAUGGUACUGGUGGGCAAUCCAUUUGGGGACGGGAGUUUGAGGAUGAAUUUCAUAAAAGUUUACGACAUGACCGGCCUUUCACUGUGUCAAUGGCAAAUGCGGGAGAAAACACAAAUGGAUCUCAGUUCUUUAUCACCACAGUGGCAACUCCUUGGCUUGACAACAAGCACACAGUUUUUGGCAGAGUUAUCAAGGGGAUGGAUGUUGUGCAGGCUAUAGAAAAAGUGAAGACAGACAGGGGAGAAAGGCCCCAAGUAGACGUGAAAAUUCUGAAUGUUACUGUCCCUAAGCCUUAAGAUUCUCCCUUUUGAUGAUGUUGUUUCCAAAUAUGGUUGGGGAACGUUUUGGUGAAUUUUGACCGCAAAAGAUGCAUUCAGGUAAUUUUAUUCCCCUUCCUUUUUUCACCUGCCUUCUGCCUGCCCAAUGAAAAUGCUUUUAAUGUGGGGGUAGAUCAUCGGAACAUUUGUUUUACGUCUAUGCUUCGUGUUUUAUGCCGAUUAUUUUGCAAGAUGUUACUUGUUCUGGGUAAAAGAAGAAACAACGUUUCCGUGGUAUGUGUUUUUGCUAUGAGCACCUAUCAACCGUGAAGAUGAGCACGAUUUCUGUGUGAUUGCUCCGAAGUCAUCCUAAGGCUUUUAUAUGAAGUUUCAUUCUAGUAUGCCCCCUAUUAACGGUUUAUGUAAUGAAGUUCCAUCGUCGUAUGUUGUUAAUUUCCUUCAACUCAAAUACCUUUGACAAGCAAACUUUGUUCACUAAUGUUUUUAAAGUUUGACCUGUAGUUUGAAGCAAAGUAUACUUCAAACUUUUAGUGCUU